UGUGGCAGAGUUUUGAUUAUCCUUGUGAUACAUUAUUACCAGGUAUGAAGCUGGGAUGGGACUUGAAAACUGGUCUCCAAAGGCGUUUAGUAUCAUGGAAGAGCUCAGAUGACCCUUCUCCUGGAGACCUUACCUGGGAGAUAGAUAUUAAUAACUAUCCUGAGUCUGUCAUGUUUAGAGGCUCCGAGAAGUACUACCGGGGUGGCCCAUGGAAUGGCCUUCGAUUUAGUGGUGCACCAGAGUUAAAACCCAACCCUUUAUUCAAGUUUGAAUUUGUUUUUAAUGAAGAUGAGGUUUACUAUACUUAUAACCUCUUAAAUAAUUCUGCAAAAUCAAGGAUAGUUGUGAACCAGACCAACGGUUAUACAAGGGAUCGUUAUGCCUGGAAUUCAGUGACCCAAAGUUGGGAUGUGUUUGCUACAGUGCCAAGGGAUAAAUGUGACAAGUAUGCUCUUUGUGGUGCCUAUGGAAACUGUAUCAUUGGAGAAUCCCCUGUUUGCCAAUGUCUAGAAGGUUUCAAGCCAAAAGGAAACUUGAUGGACCGGUCUCAAGGAUGUAUACGGAAUAAGCCAUUCAACUGCCAGGACAAAGAUUCAUCUGGGUUUUUAAAAUUCCGCAGCUUGAAAUUGCCAGAGACUGCAUAUUCUUGGGUGAAUGAAAGUUUGAAUCUUAAGGAAUGCAAAGCCAAAUGCUGGAGCAAUUGUUCUUGUACGGCUUAUGCAAAUUCUGAUAUCAGAGGAGGAGGUAGUGGUUGUGUUAUGUGGUUUGGGGAUUUGAUUGAUAUUCGAGAGUUUCAAGCUGGUGGACAAGAUCUAUAUGUUCGAAUGCAUGCUUCAGAGUUAGGUUCAAAAAUGAAGCGUACUGUGUGGAUAGCUGUGCUAGUUUUGCUAGUCACUGUUGUGGUGUGUGGGGUGUUCUUGGUUGCUCACUACAUCCGCAGAAGAAAAACGCUUUGAAGGCUUGGAAACUGUGGAAAGAAGGCAGGCCUUUAGAACUUAUCAGUCCAAUCUUAAGCGACUCAAGCAAUCUUUCAAAGGAGUUGGACAGCAUCCAUGUUGGUCUUUUGUGUGUGCAAGAGCACCCUGAAGACAGAUCAAGCAUGUCUUAUGUGGUUUUCAUGUUGGGCUGCGAUAAUGCUUUGCCUGAGCCCAAGCAACCUGGUUUCUCAUUAGGUAAAGACAAUGUUGCAGGAGAUUCUUCAUCGAACAAACUUGAAUCUUCUUCAACCAAUGAAAUUACUGUAACUCUUUUAGAGCUUCGAUAGAGGUUUGUAAUUACGGGUCUAGUAUAGUCACUUAUUGGUCAACAACACAUGUCCUGGUUCAUAUUUUAGCAAUCUAAUUUGUGUAAUCAAAACUGAGGAAAAACAGAAACUAUAUAUAUAUAUAUAUAUAUGUAAAUGGUCGUGAUUAUU